GUACACAACAGUCGCUUCACUAUGUGGAAAGAGGGUGAACUCUCCAGUGAGCCCUUCUCACGUUUUGUUGAAGGUGCUGACAUCAAGAAUCUUCGUCCAGCUCUAACAGGAAGAUCAACAGAUGUCUAUACUACCUUUGCCAGUGGUGCCGUGUCAUCCGGUGUUGGCAGGACGUCAAUUCAGUUCAGAAUGCAAAGAGAAUUUACCGAGGUCUCAUUCGCCGUUCGAAUUGUCCCGAGUCCUGAUUGGUUUGUGGGUCAGUCAUCCCUUGACCUUUGUAGCAGUGGAGAGUGGAUACACGACAUGACAUUGGACCUUUAUCCUUACGACGCAGGAACUGACCAAGGAUUCAUGUUCACCUCACCAGACUUCCCCGAAGUUACUCCUCAACCUAUCGUUGAAAUCACAUCCCGCGUACCAAGUCACCCUGCCAAUUCUUUCUAUUAUCCAAGGGUUGCACACCUGCCUCGUAUUGCACAUGUUACGUUGUCUCGAGUAAACAAUGCCCAACCGGCCUGGAUGAGACUAUUACAAAGUGAUCGUGGUGUAGCUGAUGAAGAGGAGGACGAGGUGCACAACGCUAUACCAAAGAACAAAAAUGGCUUCUUCGGUUUGAUAAAAGAUUCGAAGGCAACGACAACGAUAUCUGAUCAAGUACUGACGCCUCUAGAUUGUGAAGUGACGUCAUGGGGUGGGUGGAGCCACUGUGACGUCACGUGUCGAGUAGGUCUGAAGCGACGAUUUCGUCUAGUCCAACAGAAGCCCCUAAACCGUGGUGAGCCUUGUCCUGACUUGGUUGACGUCGUGAUAUGUGAUAAGACAUUGGCGAUGGUUAAACCUGAGAAAAAGAAGUGUGCCCAGAAACACAUCAGCAAGGAGAAAAAGCGAUACAUGAAGCAACAGCUCAGGAACUUCGACACUAAGGGAAAACGAAAAUACAUUGUCUAGUGAGCUGAUGAGUGCAUCUUCAACGAAAUAAUCAGUGAUUAAAUCUUGACUAUUGCUAAUCUACAAUACAUGUUUUAAUUAAGAUGCGGCACACACUAACACUAGUUCAACUCAAAGUGUCUCAUUCUCGCACCUUUAACUCAAUUCUUCGGGGUCCUACGCUGUAAGAACUUAUACGACGAACGGAAAAGAGGACGGUAGAUCAAUGCGCGCAUCCUCAUUUUUUAAACUAAAGAAACCAGUAUGUACAGACUAAUACUUCGUUCUUCCUACUGUCGUGUUUAUGAGGCUCCUUAUUAAUACCAUCGCCAUUAGUGCUAUAUAGAUAAUUGUUACUUCGGUUCAAUGAAAUGCCAUUUGUUAUGUCUAUUAAUUUAUAGAUUAAAAAAGAAUGGUACACUGUUCAGAAUAUUGGAUGAAAUACCUCAUAAUUUUUAGCUGUAUUCUAUACCUAACCAACUCUCGAAAAAUUAUUUGUUUAAUGUUGGGUAAACUUUUCAAUAGACCUAAGCAUUAACUGAGUGGUUGCUUGAGAUGACCAAUACCAUAUGGUUAGGUAUACAGACGUGAUUUGAAGUAGAUCUAAGACAACAUAUUUCCCCUAUACUCACACAAGAACAUUCCCUAAUCAAAACAGUUUGUCCAUAAUUUACAUAUAGCAUCACAUAUGGUUCCGAGCAAGCUAUAUAGUUUUAGUGUCAUCAUCCGGUGGUAUUGCAGUGAUUUGCUGUGGCUGUUUUGAUGGUUCAGCUUCCAAAACGUAUGAAACAAAAUUUACAAUUGGAUUGAUAUUUGUUUCAAAAUUAUGUAAUAUUUCUCAUUGCCAAUAUGGCAUUAUAGAAAGGUCGUCACUCGCCAUGUUCACUGAAGCGCAGCAAUAAUUUAUAAUGACAAGACCAUGAAAACAGAAGUGAUAUAGAUUAUUUUGCAAUAGAAGAAUUAUUCUGAGAAACCACUGAAACGUUUCUUUCCAAUCAUAUUGAGAUAUUUGCUAUAACACAGUUUCGUUCGGUUGAUAAAUGUUAUCACUGAUGUCUAUUGAACAGAACUCUUCUUGAAGGAGCAGGCUUUAUUGAAGAUAUGAUGGAGUUGGCUAGCUGUCUAGUAAUAUUGCUUAGAAGUUUGCGACCAUUGAGCAAAAAUUUAACCAAUCACGCACAUAAAAAAAACCCCAAACGUUGGGAUAUGUUACUAAUUUACCGAUUUUGAUCGUGUUAUUUACCCGGCGACCAGUGAGAAACUGGUAAACCUUCUGGCAAAGUUGUCAGGGGUGAUGGGAAGGGGAACCAAUAAUCGCAAUUUUUUCUGCGCUAUGGGUUGUCAUGAAGCCAACUUCAGGGUCAUCAUAUUCUCCCAUAUAACUUCGCAAGUCUGCAAGGAUAUAGCAUAUCCUUUCAAUAUCCUUAUAUAACAUUCCCAAUUUAAAAAAAUGAAACUAAAAUGAUGAGCAACAAGAGAGAAACACAUAAUAGGCAUACUGAUUGACCUUAGUGUUAAAAAUAUAUCUCCAAACAUGAGAAUGUACCAGCCAAAUAUCUUAUCGAUUGAGACUAAGUACUAAGUAUAAAUAGGAACGACAAAUUUAAGAAUGUCGUACCAUAAUCAUAAAAAAGUAAUAUGCUGAGUUUACAAUGUUAUGAAUAUGUGGGAUGAAUGUCAUACUUUAAUGAAAAAUGAUAAUUUAUAUAUUUUUAAUGACAGAGGGUACAAAGGUACUAAUACAAAAAAAUGUUAUCAAAGUUUUAUAUUGACUUCAUUUAUUUUUAUCUCUUUUAAUAUAAAUAAAUUUUUCCAACUCGUCAUUAGAUGGUGAAAUGUGUUAAACGUAAAUUGAUUAAUGGAAAUGUAACAACAUAUACUUGUAAAAUAUAAGAAAAGAGGGAAAAGACGGGCUUUUAAAGUCGCUAAAACCAAAGAUAUCAGUUUCAACUUUAUUUUUAAAUUCUCCUGUUUAAUGGUUAUUUAAUAUUCGUAAAAUUGAAAGAAUUAUUUAAUAUGAUGAUAUUCUAAGGCAAGGGAAUGCUUUUCCCUAUUGUAAGAAGCUGUAAAUAGGUAUGUAAGAUACAAAUGGAUUUAGAAGAGAAAUUAAUUUAUAUUGGUUGUAAAUCUUGUAUAGUGAUCGUUUGCGUGACGUAAUAGUGCACUUCAAAAGUGUCACCGCAAUGUGGUGUAAAUGUACGGAUGAAAUAAAACUUGACUUGAAGUAAA